GCGGGCUCCUGGGAGCGUGCCCGGACUGCGGCGCAGCUCCCGUCCGCCGCCCCGGCCCGGCGAGCCCCCGACCCGCACCGCGCUCCUCCGAGGCGGGCGCCGCGAGACACUGCAGGGGUGGCGUGGCGUUGCCGCGGGCCGCCGGGCUGGGCGCCGGUGCGUGUGCGCUGCGGGAGGCCGGCGGGAGCCGGAGCCGGGAGCCAGAGUCAGCCCCAGGCGGAGCGGCGGCCCCUCGGCGGAGCCGGGUCCCAGCCACUGCAGGGGCGCCAUGGCCGUGGAUGUGGCAGAUGUGGCAGAAUACCACCUGAGCGUCAUCAAGAGCCCCCCUGGCUGGGAGGUGGGAGUCUACGCUGCAGGGGCCCUGGCCCUGCUGGGAAUCGCAGCUGUGAGCCUGUGGAAGCUCUGGACAUCGGGGAGCUUCCCCAGCCCCUCCCCAUUCCCAAAUUAUGACUACAGGUACCUUCAGCAGAAGUAUGGCGAGACCUCCGCGGAGGCCAGGCCAAAGAAAAUGCCUGCCUGGAAUGCCCAGCGGGCCAGGACUCGGGGACCACCCAGCCGCAAAGGCAGCCUCAGCAUUGAGGACAAUUUUGAGGCCAUCAAUGAGCUGGGGCCCCUGGAGCUGAUGGGUCGUGAGCUGGACCUGGCCCCCUACGGGACUCUCCGGAAAUCCCAGUCGGCAGACUCCCUGAACUCCAUCUCCUCUGUGAGCAAUACCUUCGGGCAGGACUUCACGCUGGGCCAGGUCGAGGUGAGCAUGGACUACGACCCAGCCUCCCACACCCUGCACGUGGCCGUGCUGCAGGGCAAGGACCUCCUGGAGCGCGAGGAAGCCAGCUUCGAGUCCUGCUUCAUGCGCGUGAGCCUGCUGCCUGACGAGCAGAUCGUGGGCAUUUCCAGGAUCCAGAGGAAUGCCUACUCCAUCUUCUUCGAUGAGAAGUUCUCCAUCCCGCUGGACCCCACAGCCCUGGAGGAGAAGAGCCUGCGGUUUUCCGUGUUUGGCAUCGAUGAGGACGAGAGAAAUGUCAGCACCGGGGUGGUGGAGCUGAAGCUGUCCGUGCUUGACCUCCCGCUGCAGCCCUUCAGCGGCUGGCUCUACUUACAGGACCAGAACAAGGCCGCCGAUGCAGUGGGGGAGAUUCUGCUGUCACUCAGUUACCUGCCCACAGCUGAGCGCCUCACCGUGGUGGUGGUGAAGGCCAAGAAUCUUAUCUGGACCAAUGACAAGACCACAGCAGACCCUUUUGUCAAGGUGUACCUGCUGCAGGAUGGGAGGAAGAUGAGCAAGAAGAAGACAGCCGUGAAGAGGGAUGACCCCAACCCGGUGUUCAAUGAAGCCAUGAUCUUCUCGGUGCCGGCCGCUGUGCUCCAGGACCUGUCUCUCCGUGUGACGGUGGCCGAGAGCAGCAGUGACGGCCGUGGGGACAACGUGGGCCACGUCAUCAUCGGCCCAUCAGCCAGUGGCAUGGGCACCACACACUGGAACCAGAUGCUGGCCACACUGCGCAGGCCUGUGUCCAUGUGGCACCCUGUCCGGCGAAACUAGCAGCCAGGGCAGUGAGGGGGGCGGCGGAGCCUCCAGAGCCCGGCGCAGACUCAGCUCUAUCCAGUGCCCUCUCCACAGUCCAGCUGGAGCCGUGAACGCUGGGAAAUCCUGGUGGAGUUCCCAUCAGCCAUCUUGGAUCCUCUGUCUGGGAACCCAGGGUCUUCUUCUGCUGAGGACCAGCUGUGGCUGGGCUAGGACCCGGGGAGGGCAGCGGACACUGGCCAUUGUGCACCACCUCCAGAUCCUCAUGAAGUCUGUCCUUGGCCUGCAGGGGCAUUGGGGCUCUCAAAGCUGGCAAGCCCCACCCCCCACCUCCUGGGAGGCCAGCUGACAAGCCGGGCUGUGCACUGUGACCCCGCGAGUCUUGGGGGCCAGACACUGUGCUAGGAACUGGCAGGAGUAACAUGAAUAAGACACAGGUCCCUGGCAUGUCAGGAAGUCAAGAUCCCCUUGCCCCAGGCCAUCUACCCAGUGCCAGAGGACGGCCCCGCUGUGGACUCUUGGGGAGAGGCUCUGGGGGCUGGGGGAACAGAGAGGGCCCCUCAGACAGGGAAGGAGCUGCACUUUGAGGGGUAGAAAAGACUGAGUGUCUCAGGCAGGGGACACAGCCCAGGCACUGGCAAGAACAUGAACUUCCCCAUCACAAACUUGGUCUUCAGCCCACUGCUGGCAGACAAGGGCCUCUCUGUGGACUGUAGAAAAGACCAAGAGACUAGGCCCAAACAGAGGCCUAUGGGCCGAAUGGAGGCUCCAGAGUUAUUCUUUAUGAAAUCUCCUCCCCAUUAACCUCAUCCGCUGCAAGAACCAGAGGUCCAAAGAGGCCCAGAGCCAGGUUCUUGCACUGCUCCCAUGCAAAUCAGCCACUGGAUCCAGAUGUUUGCUGGUGUCCCUCCAGCCUGGCCCUGAUGGGAAGAGAGAUGCUUUAGGCAGCCUGGUUCCAACACCCAGGCCACUGGGCAUCCUGGCUCAAGUUCCCUAACACUGUGGCUUCAGGAAAUGUCCAGCCUCAGCCUGUUGGCUGGGGAAGCCCUGGAGGGGAAAAUGGCACCCCCGGAGGUCCCACCCAGAGCAAAGGGACUGGGUUGCUACAUCCCCAGGUGGAGUGAGGUGUCCUGCCCCUCUAGGUGUCACAGGAUGAGACAGCUCUUCAGGUUUAAAGGGAUGGCAGGGGUGGGGCAGGGCCGGUGGAGUGCACAGCUGCAGUGCCAGCUCUGUAAGGCCACCCACCGGCGAGAGGGGCCUUGCCUCUUCCUUGGCUGUGGUGAGCUGCGGAGACCCAGGUCCAACCAGCUAUCGCGAUGACUUGGGGGUAGGUGUGGCUAGAACAGGUGCCCAGAGGGGUCGUGGGACUGGAGGCAGGACCCACUUAACAAAACCAGGUCAGUACAGGGCCAGGGGAAGGAGCCCUGAUUUGCAUGGGAGCAGUGCAAGACCCUGGCUCUGGGCCUCUUUGGACCUCUGGUUCUUGCAGCGGAUGAGGUUAAUGGGGAGGAGAUUUCAUAAAGAAUAACUCUGGAGCCUCCAUUCGGCCCAUAGCCUCUUUCUAACCCAGUGGCUUUGCAGUACAGAACAUGUCCUCCCCGCUGUUCCUUCCCACUUUCCCUCCCUCUAACUGCAUGAAGUGUGGACUGUUCCCAGGGUGGCCACGGUGGGGACCGAGAAUGCUGACUGGAAUGAUUCUAGAACCAAAAUAAAGCAGGGCUU